CGACGACGCGCGACGAGCGGCGACGGCGAACGUCCGACGCGCGACGACGCGACGCGCGACCGCGACGAGGCGCGCGGCGUCGAAGCGACGACGCACGACGCGGAACGAAUCGACGAAACGACGCGACGACGCGACCGACGCGCGGGCGAAGGCGACGCGCGGGCGAAGGCGACGGCGAUGACGACGAUCGAGGCGAAGGAGAUCGAGGCGCUGACGAUCGCGAGCAUGGCGACGCGAGACGCGGUGUACGAGACGCUGCGAAUCGAUGGUGAUCCGAAUGAGGUCGGACACGUGAUACACACGGGCGCGUCGGGGGCGUCGAGGGAGAUUAGCUACGAGACGGUGCGCGUCGUCGGACACGGGUCCUUCGGCGUGGUGUAUCAGGCGAGGUGUCGCGAGAACGACGAGGAGGUGGCGAUCAAGAAGGUGUUGCAAGAUAAGAGGUUUAAAAAUCGUGAGUUGCAAAUCAUGAAGGCGGUCGAUCACACGAACGUGGUGAAGUUGAUACAUAGCUUUUAUCACACGACGGAGGAGGACGAGGUGUAUUUGAAUUUGGUUUUAGAAUUCGUCCCCGAUACCGUUUACAGAAUCGGUAAGCACUACCACAAGAAUAACCAGCGCAUGCCGGGGUUACUGGUGAAAUUGUACACGUAUCAAAUGGCGCGCGCGUUGGCGAGCGUGCACAAGCUGGGGAUUUGUCACCGCGACAUCAAGCCACAAAAUUUACUCGUGGAUACGAAGACGCACGUGUUGAAAAUUUGCGACUUUGGUAGCGCGAAGAUUUUAGCACCGACGGAGCCGAACAUCUCUUACAUCUGUUCGAGAUACUACCGCGCACCCGAAUUGAUAUUCGGCGCCGUGCACUACACGACGGCGAUUGAUAUUUGGAGCACCGGCUGCGUCAUGGCGGAGAUGUUGCUCGGGUCCCCGUUGUUCCCGGGCGAUAGCGGCGUCGAUCAGCUCGUGGAAAUCAUCAAAGUUUUGGGAACUCCCACGAAGGAGCAAAUAAUGCACAUGAAUCCGGGCUACACCGAGUUUACGUUUCCUCAACUCAAGCCCCACUCGUGGUCGAAAGUCUUCUCGAAGAAUGUCGACCCGCUGGCGCUCGAUUUGAUUUCAAAAAUUUUAGUGUACGUACCAGAGAGCCGUUUCGACUGUAUGACAAUGUGUGCGCAUGAAUACUUCGACGAGCUUCGCGACGAGGCGACAACGUUACCGGACGGCAGUCCGCUGCCGCCGUUGUUCAACUUUUCAGACGGCGAACUGGAAUCGCUCAGCGACGAGUUGAAGAAGAAACUCGUGCCGGCGCACUCGCGCAAAUAA